AUGAUCGCCUCAAGGUUGUCCAGAGCUCUGCCUCGCUCUGCCCCCUUCUCUCGCCUUUCUCAGAUCAAAGCUCCUCGAUCAUCAAUAAUCUCGCGGUAUGCCUCGACCGACGCUCCCGGGUCAACUGAAAAAGUCAAGGGUCAAGUCAUUGGUAUCGACUUGGGAACGACAAACUCGGCCGUCGCGGUCAUGGAAGGCAAACAACCCAGGAUAAUAGAAAACGCUGAGGGCACUCGAACGACGCCCUCUGUCGUUGCCUUUACCGAGGGUGGUGAGCGUCUCGUCGGUGUGGCAGCCAAGCGACAAGCUGUCGUCAACCCUGAAAACACCCUGUUCGCGACCAAACGACUCAUCGGCCGGAAGUUCUCAGACCCGGAAGUCCAGCGUGACAUCAAGGAAGUUCCCUACAAGAUUGUCCAACAUACAAAUGGCGACGCCUGGCUGGAAGCCCGUGGCGAGAAAUAUUCGCCGUCGCAGAUCGGAGGUAUGGUGCUGGCCAAGAUGAAGGAGACUGCCGAGGCGUACCUUGGCAAGCCCGUCAAGAAUGCUGUCGUCACUGUGCCUGCCUACUUCAAUGACAUGCAACGUCAAGCCACGAAAGACGCUGGUCAAAUCGCUGGUCUGAACGUCCUCCGUGUUGUCAAUGAGCCUACGGCAGCUGCGCUUGCGUAUGGCCUCGAGAAGGAAGAUGAUCGGAUCAUCGCCGUCUACGACCUUGGCGGUGGCACAUUCGAUAUCUCUAUCCUCGAAAUCCAAAAAGGUGUCUUUGAGGUCAAGUCGACCAAUGGUGAUACCCAUCUCGGAGGUGAAGAUUUCGACAUCACGCUCGUCCGCCACCUCGUCCAGCAAUUCAAGAAGGAGUCCGGCAUCGAUCUGUCCAACGAUCGUAUGGCCAUUCAACGUAUUCGUGAAGCUGCCGAAAAGGCCAAGAUCGAGCUGUCAUCUUCCAUCCAAACAGACAUCAACCUUCCUUUCAUCACCGCCGACGCAUCCGGCCCCAAACACAUCAACAUGAAGAUGACCCGAGCUCAACUUGAGCAGAUGGUCGACCCUCUCAUCGCCAAGACUAUUGAACCUGUCCGCAAGGCGCUCAAGGAUGCCAACCUGCAGGCAAAGGAUAUUCAAGAAAUCAUCCUCGUCGGUGGUAUGACCCGUAUGCCGAAGGUCACCGAGUCUGUCAAGAGCAUUUUCGGACGCGACCCUGCCAAAUCUGUCAACCCUGACGAAGCCGUCGCCAUCGGUGCCGCAAUUCAAGGAGCCGUGCUUGCCGGUGAAGUGAUGGACGUUCUCCUGCUCGAUGUUACUCCCCUCUCUCUUGGUAUCGAGACCCUCGGUGGCGUGUUCACCCGGUUGAUCAACCGUAACACGACCAUCCCCACCAAGAAGUCGCAAAUUUUCUCGACUGCCGCCGACUUUCAGACGGCAGUGGAGAUCAAGGUCUACCAGGGCGAGCGUGAGCUUGUUCGGGACAACAAGUUGUUGGGUAACUUCCAGUUGGUCGGCAUCCCCCCCGCACACCGUGGCGUUCCGCAGAUCGAAGUUACCUUCGAUAUUGACGCCGACUCGAUCGUGCACGUUCACGCCAAGGACAAGUCCACGAACAAGGAUCAAUCCAUCACCAUCGCAUCCGGCUCUGGUCUUUCCGAUGCGGAGAUCCAGAACAUGGUGGACGACGCCGAGAAAUACGGUGCUCAAGACAAGGAGCGCAAGGCUGCCAUUGAAGCCGCCAACCGCGCUGACAGCGUUCUCAACGACACGGAGAAGGCGUUGAAGGAGUACGAAGACAAGCUCGACAAGACCGAAGCUGACACGAUCAAGGAGAAGAUUGCUUCUCUCCGCGAGUACGUGGCCAAGAACCAGACGGGCGAGGGCACUGCCACGGCCGAGGAGAUGAAGGCCAAGAUCGACGAACUCCAGACUGCGGCUCUCAGUCUGUUUGACAAGAUGCACAAGGCUCGUGAGGAGUCACAACAGCCCCCGCCGGGCGGUGAUGCCCAGCAAGGCUCGGCGAGCGGUGAGCAGAAGCCUUGA